AAUUCCAAUUAUCACAACAAAACAAAGCCUCUUGCAUUUCCAUUAAAUUUUUUAAUUAAAUUCACUCAUAACUGAAACUCUGCCCGCUUUUCAAUUCAUCCACCAUGUCAAACCUGAACGGAGCUUAUUACGGCCCCGCCGUCCCUCCGCCCAAAAAAACCUACCACCGCCCAAGCCGAGGCGGCGGCGGAUGCUUCGAGUGCUGCUGCGGCUGCAUCUUCAGCCUCAUCUUCAAACUCAUCUUCACCGCCCUCAUCAUCAUCGGCAUCGCCGUCCUCAUCUUCUGGCUCAUCGUCCGCCCCAACGUCGUGAAGUUCCACGUCACCGACGCCACGCUCACGCAGUUCAACUUCACCGGAAACAACACGCUCAACUACGAUCUCACCCUCAACAUCACCGUCCGCAACCCAAACAAGCGCCUCGGGAUCUACUACGACUACAUCGAAGCGCGUGCGAUGUACCAAGACGUUAGGUUUGAUACCGAAUUCUUCGAUCGGUUCUACCAGGGACACAAGAAAACCAACGUGAUCAGUCGCCAGUUUAAGGGUACGCAUGUGGUGCCGCUCGGUGCUGAGGAGACGAAGGAGUUGAAUAAGGAUAAGGAAGAUGGGGUUUAUGGGAUUGAUGUGAAGAUGUAUCUGAAGGUGAGAUUCAAAUUGGGCGUUUUCAAGACCAAGACGCUUAAGCCCAAGGUUACUUGUGAGCUGCGCGUUCCUCUGAAAUCCGCCGGUGGCGGUGGUGGUGGUGGUGGCUUUGAAGUCACCAAGUGCGACUGGGAUCGUUGAUGGAUUUAAUGGCGCCGCCGUUAUCAUACCCGACCCGACCCGAUUCUAUAUCAUCUUUUGGUUUGACUUUGACUCUUGAUGCGAUAUAUUUGUUUAUUGGUUAGAGUUUUUGGCCAUUCAGGGAUUUGAGUACACAUUAUAUUAUGAUUAUUAUGCAUUUCAUUAUAGUAUCAUCCUCUGAGGCUCUGACUCAUUCCAUUAGGUGGAGGGGAUUUUUAAAUUUUGGUAUCUUACUACUUGUUAUUUGUUCAUAAAUAAAUAUAUAUGAUUUUAUUUCUUCUCUUUCGUAAA